UGGUAAACUACAGGAAGUGUUGAAAAGCGCGUACCCAGGCCACUCUCAGAGGCGGCGGGUGUGGUGCGCCCUGGGUUCGUGGAGAGCUCGAGUUAAAGGGUGAUCUGCUAGAGAGUGAUCUCUAGGCGAAAAUCAGGAAGAGGAAAUUUACUUGAAUCAAGCAUGAUGGAUCCAUGUUCAGUUGGAGUCCAGCUUCGGACCACAAAUGAGUGCCAUAAAACCUAUUAUACUCGUCAUACAGGUUUCAAGACUUUGCAAGAAUUGUCAUCAAAUGACAUGCUUCUACUUCAACUGAGAACUGGAAUGACACUUUCUGGGAACAAUACAAUUUGCUUCCAUCAUGCAAAAGUUUACAUCGACAGAUUUGAGGAUUUGCAGAAGUCAUGUUGUGACCCAUUUAACAUACACAAAAAACUAGCCAAAAAAAAUUUACAUGUAAUUGAUUUAGAUGAUGCCACUUUUCUGAGUGCAAAAUUUGGAAGACAGCUUGUACCUGGUUGGAAGCUUUGUCCAAAAUGUACACAGAUAAUCAAUGGAAGUGUGGAUGUUGAUUCUGAAGACCGGCAGAAAAGAAAACCUGACUCAGAUGGAAGAACUGCUAAAGCUUUGAGGUCAUUACAAUUUGCAAACCCAGGAAAGCAGACUGAAUUUGCUCCAGAAACUGGUAAAAGGGAAAAAAGAAGGCUUACCAAAAAUGCAACAGCUGGUUCAGACAGACAAGUGAUCCCGGCAAAGAGUAAGGUCUACGAUAGCCAGGGUCUCCUGAUUUUCAGUGGAAUGGACCUCUGUGACUGCCUCGAUGAAGACUGCUUAGGCUGUUUCUAUGCUUGUCCUGCCUGCGGUUCUACCAAAUGUGGUGCCGAAUGCCGCUGUGAUCGAAAGUGGCUGUAUGAGCAAAUUGAAAUAGAAGGAGGAGAAAUAAUUCAUAACAAACAUGCUGGAUAAUUUGUGGUGUCUGAUUGUGACCCUUUCUGUAUUUCUAAAGUUCUAUAAUUCUAAGAUACAUGUUAAAGUUUGUUUUGCCAAAUGACACAUAUGUACUCAGUGUGCACUAACACUGCCUUUUGGGUACUUUAAGAAGAAUUAUUUGAUGUAAAUUUAGAUGGACUUUUCUAUUACUCGGCAGUCAGCUCUUCAAGCCUUUCUGGGUCAAUGUAAAAAAGUAAUGUAUAGGCAGUCCUCUUUACAACUCCCAUGUCCAUAAAUUUCCAUGGCACUGAUACAGUUAAAUAAACCAGUUCCUUAACAGCAACACUUCAAAUUUCAGUUACUGUGGUAUGUUAACUGUGAGUAGUUCCAUGAAGUACGAACUUCCUGCUAGCUGUUAAGCUUUCAAAUCAGUAUGUAACACAUGUACUUCAAGAUCAGUGACUAGUCAGAUUACUUCUCAAAUCCUGCUAGUGAAUCGUCACUGCACAUCUAUUACUCAGUUUGUUCCGACAGCAAAGCACAUAGUUGUGUUGUCUCCUUGUCACCCAUGUGACCUUUUAUGUCGGGAGCUGCAUGAGGCAUUACUGACAAAAUGGAGGCACAGCCCCAACCCCCUCUCCUCAUCUCGCAGGCAUGGCCCUGGGAUGAAGGAGUUACGCCUUGUGAUUCUGACUUGUUCUUUCCUAGUUGGCUGGAAAGAAUGUUAAGGUGCUUGAGAGAAACAUGAGAAAGCACAAAGCCUUCUACAGUUGGGCCCAGAAAAUAAUCUAUGAAGUAACCAUUGACAUUUGUUCAAGGAUCUUUACAAAGAAUGUCCCAGAAGGAGCACAUAGGCCACAGCUUGAGGCCAUGGGAAGGAUUAUUGUCUGAGACCUGUUUAUGAGGAAAAUGUUUAUGGCAAAAGAAAUUUGUUGAGUUUAGGGUUUAGGAAUAAUUAAGAAUAGCUAGAAGCCUUUUUAGGAGAUAGUGAUCUUAAGAUGCU